CACAAUGGCUACCUCCCUGUAUGUGUGCGUGUUUUUGUGUAUGCGGACGUGUGUUUGAAUGUGGACUACGAUAAAGUUGUUGUGCUUGACCUCACUGGAUCAGGACGCUUUCAUUCACACAGCUGACUGCUAGCACAAACGGAGAGCUAUUUGGGAGGAUAUUAUUCUGGUAGUGAGCAGUGCGAUCUAAGUUCUGGUAGUUCUGGGAAUUUGGGGCUCCUCUUUGCUAAAUAGAUCUACACCUUGACUUCAACGAAAGUAAGUUGUUGGUUUCUUUUUAUGUUACUCUAAAAGUUUUUGUAUUCUAGUUAAUGGUCCGAAAUUAGAGUAGGAAAAUAAUGCUAUUCGAAUUCCAAUCAACUUUAUGUGGAAUUGUUUGCAGUGGCGUAGCUAUUGUUGGUGUCACCCGGUGCGGUGUCACCCCCCCCCCUGACUUCCACGAUGGAUUUCUCCUUGUUAAAAUAAGUCCACGGUGUAACAAUGACAAGAACAAAAAUUAAUUGGAGUUCAGGAGGUCAAAGGUCAAUGAAUUUAAGAACUGUAACAGCGUUACGUCAUCGUUAUUUUUGACAUUAAAUUGACUUGAUUUAAAAAAAUUUUCCUUCCUGAUUUUCAAAGCUGCAAACCUGUCAAUCACUUGAUCAAAAUCAAUUUCAUUUGUAAUUGUUAUUAGAGCCAGAUUUUAAAAAAAACAACAACUUGACAGUGCAUUAGAGGGUCGAGGAUAGUUCUUGAUUAGACUUAGUUUUGAAAAGCUCCGCUGACGUGAAGCCACAGACACAUAGAUCGUAUGAAACAAUGGAAGACUUCGCGAUAGUAUUGGAAGAGAUGCCUAGGAAGUCCCAUUCAUCUAGGAAUUUCAAAACAUUAAAGCCUGACUGGUCAUGACUUUGUGAAAUUCAAUAUCAGCUUCCUUUAGGUGUCUUCUAAGCCUUGGUAUUUCUUUUAAAAGUUCAUCUUCUGAUAAUUCAACAUAGAAAGAGGUUAAUUUUGGAACGGACAUCAAUAAACCUUCUUCACUUGCUGAUAGCGGACUCUUGCGUUGAACGGCUCCAAAUUUAUCGGCUACUUGCUUGAUCGCUGAAACCUUAUCUGGGUUUCAGAACAAAAGCAAUCAAUACACUCCAGUAUAGUCAUACUGUUUUCUUCUGGCAGAGAGUCCAGAAUCUAUUAACUGUUCUCAUGUCAUUCUCUUCUUAAACCUUAAUCUUCUUUCUACAGAAAUUCCAUAUUUAUCUUAUUUGAAAAGUGCCUUUUCAACUGCAUGUUCCACCAAGUGACAGCGUUUCUCGUGCAGAAACAAUGUUGAGGCCUCUAGGUUGGUCACCACAUUGUCAAGAGUAAAGCCUUUGGUCUGCAGAUACUGCUGUAUAAGAUUAACUUUCUCAAGUUGAUCCGCCCGUAUAAAAUGUAAAAGAUAAACGUUGAAUUCCAUAAAGCAUAUAAAAGACCGCGUGCUGUAGGAACAUCUUGCUCAAAUGUUAAGUGGCGGUGCUAGUGACGAAUCGGAGAAAAUAUUGAUUUUUUUUGAGUAUUUCUUGGUUUUGAUCUAUUUUGAUUCAAAAACCAUUAUUUACAUUUUAAAAAAAGAUGAUAAAAAAGUUUGUAAAAUAUUAUUUUGUUAACACUAUAAAUGGGUAAAGUGUAAAUUUUUAAGAUAUUUCAUUUUUACCGAUUCAAUACAUGUAUUGAGAAUCGCCCGACCACAUCGUAUUUGUUAUCAAUGGAAAGCUUUAUUUCUCAGAAUUUAGAUCAAUAUAGCUUCCGGUCACUUACGAAAGAUACCGAACACUGAAAUCAUGGUCAAAGCGUGGUUUUUCUGCUGACCUUAUUAUAGAGUCACCCCCUUUGUGACGCAUCAUUCUUGAACUUUUAAUAAAGUACGCAUGUGGAUUAGUUACAUGUGUGGAAAAUUUAAAUGUGAUCGGUUAUCCAUUUAUGAAAUUCGAUUAGACCGAGCAGUUUUUCUCUGUAAAUAUGCAACUUUUCAAUUUGGUGUCACCCCUGAGAUGGUGUCACCUCUGAGAUGGUGUCACCCCUGAGAUGGUGUCACCCGGUGUGGUCCGCACCCCCCGUACCCCGCUAGUUACGCCAUUGAUUGUUUGUAAUAAACACAUUAAGAUCAUUCAAAUUAAUGAUUAAGCACUGCCUUAAUGCUUGCCUUGCGCUCUGACUGCCAGAUUUCUUACCGAAAUUCAAUCACAUUUAUUUAUUGCUCGAUAGUAAGGCGUUACAUCUCCAAUAGGCGUAUACCAACCAUGAACUAUUAAGACGAUUCCAGUACAUUGAAUACUUUGAUACCGUGGGUUGCAUUCAACCGGGGGGAAAAACAAGCACUUUGCCCCUCUAAUCCGUGGUGGUUUGGGGGGGGGGGGGUCCACAACUACUGAGUACUUUCCAGCAAUACAGUAUUACUCUUACCCCCCCCCCCCAUAAGUGGCGUAACGAGGGCUAGCGCCGCCAGAGACGCGUGGGCAGAUAAUUUUGCCACCCCACCGACCCUUUUCCAAGAAAAAAAUUGGUCGAAAUGGCCACUUAUCCACAUAAAAAUAAAAGUGUCUCCACAUCCCAUUGCUACGCUAAUUCCAACAGCCACCCAGGCGUUGCCAACUCAAUCAAUUACAAAUUUACUGACAGAUACUUUCAAUGCGGUAUUUACGGUUCCAGAUUCUUUUAUUGGCACUUGCGAAGGAACGGGGUGUGAAAAAAAUUUUUUUACGAAGCAAAUAGUAAAGUAUUAUUAACAGCAUAUUGUAUUUUAUGAAAUUACCCAACUUAGAAUUUAAACAAGUAUUUACUAUUUUAUUGAAUUUCACCUCUUUCAUUUUAUUAUUAAUUUUCUUUCCUGCGUUAGAAGCCAGUGGCGUAACGAGACACUGUGUCACAUGGGAGGGGACUUUAAGUUUGCCGCCCCACCCCAAAAAAAAGCAAGAUUUUUUUUUUUCAAGUGAAACCUGCAAAUAGCGAACAUUAAAAUAUCACUGUUUCUGGCAUAUGAGCUAAGUCGCUCAGGAACGUAAUACGUUUUUAACAUUAUAACUGACUGUUAUGUUUUCUAUGUUUUUAUUUUCAACAAUAAACUUUAACAUAAAUAUCCAUAAAUAAAAGUUAUCAAUAAUGUUGACUUUCUGCUUGCGUCUGGAACACACUGUUGAUUCACACUCUCUAACUACAGUCUCUGCGCUAUCAGUACGGUCUAGUCCGCUAAUCCACGAUAACACCUCCCCGCAUAUCUACAGUCUCUGCGCUAUCAGUACGGUCUAGUCCGCUAAUCCACCAUAACACCUCCCCGCACAAUUACAAGUCCAGUGCCAAUGGUGCUCGACGUCGCCUUUGAGAUCUUCUGGGUAUGACGUACUCUGAAUGUCUUGGAUGUCGAGGGUUAAUCUUCUUCUUAGGUGGACUUGGAGUUUCUGGAUGUGUAGACGGUUGAUGACUCAGGGCUGCCUGAGCUGUUGGAUAAAGACUUCAUGUCAUUAUAUCCAAACUUGAUUCUGAAUCUUCUUCUGCUCCGUACCUGGGGCAAAGUUGGUCUAAAUGUCUCUUCCAUAUGGGACCAUUCGGAUAAAUCUUCACCUUGAAAAGACGUGGACCCAUAACUUGGAUGAUUGUACCGGGAGCCCGUCGUGGUCGUUGUUCCAUAUAUUCUGACGUAACAUAGAUCUCCCCGGUUGGUCCGCUAGUCCACAAAUAGCACCAUAGGACCACCUGAACCUGAAAAUAACACCAGCCUUUCUUCGUUCACAAGGAUUUGAGUUAUAUCCCGUUUUCACUACUUAUAGAAAAGUGCCGGUAAGUCAACUUUAUCGGCUGUUGGGGGUGGGGGGGGGGGGGGGAGGUGGGAAUAGAAAUUGAAGGCACCGAAUGCUGCAGAGCCAAACCAAAGUGCGGGGCAGGAGAAGGUGGAGGGGGCUCAUUGAGCCCCUUCCCACGAACCUUUUUGAGAAUUCAAAACAGAAAGAUUAAUUUUGGCGUAUAUCUGAAUUUAGUUUUGCACCAGCCUACCCGAUUCAUUGAUUAAUUGAUUAAUUGACUGACUGGUUGAUUGAUUGGUAAGCUGGUUGGUUACUGUCUGACUGACUGACUGAUUGAUUGAUUGAUUUGUUGGUUUAUUGACUGACUGACUCUGACUGACUGACAGCCUGAUUGAUUGAUCAAUAAGAAAUGAUGUGACAUUCAAGUGCCCCUUGACCUGGCUGUGUGCAUAAUUUUAAAAAAAAUAUUUUUAACCGUUACAAAAAAUAAAGUUGUUAUGUUAUGUAAUAUUUAUUUAAACUUAAGCUAUUAUAAAACAAUUCAACUAUUUGCUUUUUUAAAAACUUCUUCAUUAAUAAACUAUUAUUAUUAUUUUAAAAUUGCCACUGCGACGUACCGGCUCUUAACAUCAGGGUUUCUUUCAGCUAUAGGGGGGGGGGGCGGAGCAAAAAUAUGUCCAACAAUAAAUCAACCGGCCCCGCUGGUACCCCCCCCCCCCCCGAAAACUCUGAAGUGCCCCUCCCCCGGGGGAAAAUUUCUGAAAUAAUCACUGCUUUUAACAUAAGAAAGCAUAUACAGCUUCCCGGGUGCCUAGUUGUGGCGCUGAGUUAUAUUAGAGUCUUAUAUUAGACUAGAAAAUAUCACCCGGUGUUAUCUAGGAAAUAAUGGCAGGCCCCUUGCGAUAAUUUCUACCUCCUAUUGCGAAAACGCAUCACAAUUCCUUAUUUUGGUAACCUCUCAUUUUCACAACUCUACUAUCAUUGGAUUUAAAGAUAUUGUCUUCCACGUAAAAAUGUACACACCCUAUUUCUACCACCGAUAUAUAUAUAUAUAUAUAUACAUAUGUUCAUAAGAAGGUUAAUUAUUUAUCAAAUCCUUUCUCUGAUGCGCAUCUUGUGCUGCCUGGGGAAAAAUGUAAGUGUUGAAUCCAACCCCCCCCCCCCCCCCACCCCUUUCCAACCAUUUUAAUUUUUUUAAAAAUAAUAAUAUCAACAAUAUCCCCCUACGUACGCAAACACACAUUUUUUGUACGCCCCUAAACUUGAUUAAAAUUUUUAAGUCCCAGAUCCCUUUAUGUAUGAGGUUUGUCAAUUCUGGCUUCUUUCCUUAUUACCAAUGAGUUCCAGUCCGGCCGUACUACAUCUUCACUACUGAAGACCAUGGGGCUCAAUGGGCCAUAAAAUUAUUCCCUGCGUCUUUUAAUCCCUUACUUUUUCCUUGACAUGGUCGAGAAUGCCCCCCACCCCUAGAGAGAGAGAGAAAAAUGUGCCGCCAGGGACAGACCGCCCCCACUCCCCUUAAGUCCGUAAGAAUUUCCUACGCCACUCUAAGCAGACUACGUCCCAGUUUUAAUCCAGCCCUAGAGUAAAAUAAAUACGUUCUUAUCAAUUUCAAACAUCUCUCUUUAGUAAAGUUUUAAAUCUUUACAUAUAUUAAUAAUAGAAUUGUUCUGUCAAAGCCAGAGAGUCUGUCAAACCCAGAGAGUCUGUCAAAGCCAGAGAGGCUGUCAAAGCCAGAGAGUCUGUCAAACCCAGAGAGUCUGUCAAAGCCAGAGAGUCUGUCAAAGCCAGAGAGGCUGUCAAAGCCAGAGAGUCUGUCAAACCCAGAGAGGCUGUCAAAGCCAGAGAGUCUGUCAAACCCAGAGAGUCUGUCAAAGCCAGAGAGUCUGUCAAAGCCAGAGAGUCUGUCAAAGCCAGAGAGUCUGUCAAAGCCAGAGAGUCUGUCAAAGCCAGAGAGUCUGUCAAAGCCAGAGAGGCUGUAUGUUAAAAUUUAAACAAAUCUAUUUCAACUCAAGGAUUUGCUUAAUAGCCAUGCGUCAUUGCCAUGGGUAGUUAAAGGGGGAAAAAAAAACAAGAAGAAAGAAAGAAAGAGGCAUGUUUUUGUCUUCGACCUUGAACUUUCUCUGUCGGGAAUCAGUCUUAUUAAACAGAUUGUUGAACUUUGUUAAAUUCCAUUGACAAAUUCUUUGACCCCCCCACCCCCACCUCAUGUCCCUUAGAUUCUCUGAAUGUGGCCCUGCCGCUUUGGUUAAAUAAAGGGAGCAAAUAUAUGUUUUACACUCCAGGAUACACAGUUGCCGUACGAUACCCGAUGAGGUCAAGGGCAGCCAAAACGUUACCAUGUAAUCGGAAGUUUAGAGCUUCAGUACAUAGUAGGAGGAGUAGCCCCCCCCCCCAAAAAAAAAAAAAAGUUGUGAGUGUGACGUGACGUCACCGAGAAUAUGCACGUUUUAAACCCGAUGAGGUCAAGGGCAGCCAAAACGUUACCAUGUAAACGGAAGUUUAGAGCUUCAGUACAUAGUAGGAGGAGUAGCCCCCCCCCCCAAAAAAAAAAAAAAGUUGUGAGUGUGACGUGACGUCACCGAGAAUAUGCACGUUUUACCAUCUGGCUUUUGUAGACACUUAAGAGACAUGGUGUAACAUAGCAUUCGGAAAUUAGAGCUUCAGUUCAUAGUAGGCCUGCAAUGUUUACGCUCAAGACACCAAAUGUAAAAUAGCAUUCGGAAGCUAGAGCUUCAGUUCAUAGUAGUCCCCCCAACGGUUAUACUGAAGAGUCAUAAUGUAGCACAGCAUUCAGGAGUUAGAGUUUCAGUUCAUAGUAGGCAUCAAUUGGUGAUGUUUAAGAGACCAAAGGUAACAUAGCAUUCGGAAGUUUUUGCUGCUGUGUGGGUUGUUUUUUUUUUUUUUUUUGUUUGUUGCUUGAGACAUGAGGUUUUAGGGGAUCCGUGCCUUUUUGACGUUGCCCCGUGAACUUUCUUCCCUAGCCCAUCAUUAGGUUAUCUCCAAUGCGGUGAUCAUCUCUCGGCCUCAGAAUACGUCCACUUGCCACCCAUUUGCGAUCGCACACUCCUCCAUUUCUGCGUUACCUUUCGUGUCACAAUGCCCUGUCCAACUAAGUCCUACCUUUCGUGUCACAAUGUCCUGUCCAACUAAGUCCUACCUGUCGUGUCACAAUGUCCUGUCCAACUAAGUCCUACCUGUCGUGUCACAAUGUCCUGUCCAACUAAGUCCUACCUGUCGUGUCACAAUGUCCUGUCCAACUAAGUCCUUCCUGUCGUGUCACAAUGUCCUGUCCAACUAAGUCCUACCUGUCGUGUCACAAUGUCCUGUCCAACUAAGUCCUUCCUGUCGUGUCACAAUGUCCUGUCCAACUAAGUCCUACCUGUCGUGUCACAAUGUCCUGUCCAACUAAGUCCUUCCUGUCGUGUCACAAUGUCCUGUCCAACUAAGUCCUACCUGUCGUGUCACAAUGUCCUGUCCAACUAAGUCCUUCCUGUCGUGUCACAAUGUCCUGUCCAACUAAGUCCUACCUGUCGUGUCACAAUGUCCUGUCCAACUAAGUCCUUCCUGUCGUGUCACAAUGUCCUGUCCAACUAAGUCCUACCUGUCGUGUCACAAUGUCCUGUCCAACUAAGUCCUUCCUGUCGUGUCACAAUGUCCUGUCCAACUAAGUCCUACCUGUCGUGUCACAAUGUCCUGUCCAACUAAGUCCUACCUGUCGUGUCACAAUGUCCUGUCCAACUAAGUCCUACCUGUCGUGUCACAAUGUCCUGUCCAACUAAGUCCUUAUCUAGUUUUACCAACCUUCCGCCUUAAAUCAUUUCCCCGGGGGUAUGCAAUAAAAUUAAUCCACUAACCAGAGUCAGGUGUUCUCACACUACAUUCUGUCUGUCCCCGCGGGGUACCCCACUGUAUCCUCCAAACCAAAAAAAAAAAACAAACAAACAAAAUAAACGCUGAUCUCACCCAUCCUGCCCGUCAUCGCCGAGUGACGUCAUAUUCUAAAAAUAGUUUCAACCGAAUAACGUUUUAACUUUUAACCGAGUCUGGGAGAUGUUUUAGAGGUGUCCUGUAAUGUAAGCGUCUUGCAUUGUCUCAUGCACGACAGCACUGAUGUGGGUGAAAGAGGAGGGGCGGAUGGAGGGGCCGUCAAGGUAUGAGAAUCACUGUGCCUAGGGUGAGCUUUGUCUGGUCAUGAGUUGUGGGACGUAUGUGCCGUUGUGAUUGGUCGAAGCGAAAGAAGAAUAAACAGGUAAACGGGAACUGUAUGGUAGAGUUUUCUGGGACCAGACUGCAGUGCCGGCAUGUAUGGUGUGGUCUGUUUGGGGAUAUGUAAGAGAAGAGUAUGUGGGUAAAGGGUUGUAAUGGGAAGGGUGUAUGAAGGUGAAUGUUGAUAAAGGAGAGAUUAGAGUUCCUGUCAGUGUUGAUAAGGGAGAGAUUAGAGUUCCUGUCAGUGUUGAUAAGGGAAAGAUUAGAGUUCCUGUCAGUGUUGAUAAGGGAAAGAUUAGAGUGACUGUCAGUGUAGAUUAAGGAGAGAUUAGAGUGACUGUCAGUGUUGAUUAAAAAGAAAUUAAAGUGACUGUCAGUGUUGAUGAAAAAGAGAUUAGAGUUACUGUCCGUGAAUUCAGGUUGUGUUGAACAGUUUGACGUGUCAGCCAUCAUUGCGCCAUCAUAAAGAAAUAACAGAUUCGAAUGUGUUGGUUUUUUUUUUUUAAUUGAUAAGUAUAGUCAUCCUAUUGUGUGCUGAACAAUUUGGUUCCCUGUAAAAUCAUAGCCAGAACCGCUGGAACGCAGGUCGGAACGGGUUAGUUACAAUUGUUUAGGGAUAUGUGUGGAUAGCAGACUAGACCCUUAUCAGAAGCAGCUUAAGUUUUUUAUAUUUUUUUUAUGAACCAACGAAACCGGAGAUUUAUGUCCCCGGCCCAUAGGAAUUACCCGAAAACUAUUUUUGUUCCAUUCUUCCAGCAGGAGAGAAACUUGAAAGCGGAAGUAAAUAAGGGUGAACAUUACUGUAGUCGACCGCUCUGACAUCCAUUAAUUUGGACUUUGACGUGACCCCGAUACCAGCAAUUUUGGUAGUUCUCUCCCAGGACCCUUCGCGAUGUGGUUUUUUUAGUAAACAGAAGACAUACCGGGAAAUAAUCCCACCCCCCCGGUACACAAUUCUGGAAUACAAAUUUCUUUCUUUAAAAAAAAAUCAGAAAGUUGUAAUAAUUAUCGUUAUCAGCCAGGACCUGUAAAAUCUAGUUAUCUCCCCUAAAUUCUGCUAAGCUCAGUAGCUCUAGUACACGGUUUCUCUUGCGUUUUCAAGUGAGACCACAUUCUUAUAGAACAGUGGUUCUCAACCUUCCAAAUGCCGUGACCCUUUUAUGCAGUUCCUCAUGCUGUGGCGACCCCUUAAAUAUAAAAUUAUUUUCGUCGCUACGUCAUAACUGUAGAGUAUUUGUGUUUUCCGAUGGUCUUAGGCGACCGCUGGGAAAGCGUAGUUCGACCCCCAAAGGUUGAGAACCGCUGAUAUAGAAGGAAAGUGACCCUAUAUUUUGGGGGUUGGGGGUUGGCUUUAAAAUAGGGUAAAUUCUUUUUCACAUAUCAGUCGUGGUGUUAGGGACUAUGAAAGAUUACUCGAAUUAAAAAAAGUGAAUGAUAUGUGGACCAGUGGUGUACCUUGAUUCAUUUCUGAUUGGGGCGACCACUAAAAGAGUCCAACCCCUAACACACACGCAUCGAUCUAUUUUAGGUUAGUCUCACGUAUAAUAAAACCCUAAAGUGCCGCCCUUAACGUUCCCCUUCAUACCACCCAUGUACGCCACGCCACUGGAGAAGGGUGAAUGUGACUGCCUAGGGACCUCUAAAGGUCUUGCACUGAGUCAGUUCCGCAUAUGUUGACCAAACUGGAGUUUAAGUUGUUUACAUGGCAAAACGUUGAGUUAAAACUUUCAGUACCCAUGGACUUAAAGCGCACAUUCAGUAAUCCCGGAUAUCUAAGACAGUCGUUAUUAUCUUGGUCUCGGUCUGCGACACAGGAAAAGAAGGGGGUUGGGGGUGGGACAGGGCAUUAGACAGCCUGUAAAGGUUUUUCAAACUAGGUUCUUGUUUUUUGUUGAUGGUUUCAAUGAUACUGUUUACAUACUGUUACCAACUAUAUUAAUCAUACAUCCCGUUUGUGCCAGGAGUCUGUAGCUAUACCACAAUUUUCACACAUUGCAUUUAUACCACAAUUUCACACCUUGAAUAGCGUGGCCAUUGUUUAAAUAACAGGCCAUUGUUUAAAUAACAGACCAUUGUUUAAAUAACAGGCCAUUGUUUAAACAAUGACCUUAAAUAACAGGCCAUUGUUUAAAUAACAGACCAUUGUUUAAAUUACAUGCUAAUGUUUAAAAAACACGCCAUUGUUUAAAUUACAAGUCAAUGUUUAAAAAACAGGUCAUUGUCUAAAUUACAAGCCCAUGUUUAAAUAACAGGCCAAUGUUUCAAAAACACGCCAUUGUUUAAAAAACAGGCCAAUGUUUAAAUAACAGGCCAAUGUUUCAAAAACACGCCAUUGUUUCAAAAACAGGCCAAUGUUUCAAGUACAGUUUGGACUAGUCAUUUAAGAUUUGUCUUCAUUAAAACGAAGCACUAUUUCAUCCCUCUUUUCUUUGUACUAUUAUUUUUACUUUCAAAAUAAUUCGAACGGAGACGUUAUUCGAUGACCCAUCAAAAUUUUACUCAAAGUAAGAUAUGCAUCAAAGUAAGAUGUGCAUCAAAGUAAAAUGUGCAUCAAAUUGAGAUCUACAUCAAAGUAAGAUGUGUAUCAUAUCGAGAUGUGCAUCAAAGUAAGAUGUGCAUCAAAGUAAGAUGUGCAUCAAAGUAAGAUGUGCAUCAAAGUUAGGAUCUCCAAGACGGGAACUUUGAAUUUUUUUUUUUUUUUUUUUUUUUUUUUUUUUUUUAAAACUAGAAAUUACUUGGGAGAUGAAAAUAAAACUCAGGUGAACGAGAAACACUGUUUAAUGUAAUCCAAUGCCACUCUUGGCCAAGUGUAUUCAAAUAACAUGGUUUUACAAUACAAUGUACUUGUAAAAACAAGCUAGUCGGUAUUUGUAAAACUUGGGUCUUAUUUUCUUCACAGAAGAGCCGACGAUGUUCUAUCUCACGUGUGCGAUUAUUGUAUCUUCUCUAAUAAUCCCCCAUGCCACUGGUGCCACCUCAAAGGCGAUUAUGACGAUGCGCAUGGAAGCCGGUGCGCAAGAAACGGAGCAUGCGGCAUCGCCUCUCAGAGCAGAGUACCUUAAGAAAAGAAUGAAUCGACGAUUUACCCCUUCAUAUGACCACAACGGUGACGUGACCUUGACUGCCGCACUUGACAAAAACGUGUCCGUGACCUUGAGUCCAAACGGUAGUCAUGAUAUGAAAUCUGAAGACAGACCACUUGAAAACUCGCGCGUGGUUAAUCCGGAAAGGGCGUACUGGUCAGAGUUCACAUGUCCCAAGGCGCAGAGCUGCAGCGGUAAUGACGACGACGAAUGUCUAUCUAGAUGCAACACGACCGCCAAGACAUGCGACUGCCAGGGCUUGAGGUUGACGUCUGUCCCUUGCAACCUGCCCGAAGAUACAGAAAAGCUCCAUCUCGGCAACAACACGAUUGAUGCCCUGAACGAUUGCGUCUUUGACCGUUACCGCAGUUUGAUGCACCUUGACCUUAAAAAAAACAGGAUCUCCAAACUUUCCGAGAACUGCUUUGCGGGCCUGACGGCUCUGACCGAGCUGAACAUGGAGGAUAACAUACUCAACCUUACCGAGCACACGUACCCGGCAAGUGUCUUUCUGCCCCUGGUGUCCCUCCAGCGACUGAAAAUAAACCGAAACAACAAGGUCAAUUUCGGAAAUUUCAGUUAUCCGGAUAGAGCCCUGUCCCAACUAAAAAACCUGACGGUUCUCUUCAUGGACGGCUUGCACGACAAGAUUUUCGGGCCAGGGUUCAGUGCGAUGACGUCGUUGGUCAAUCUCACUUUGGCGGGCUAUUUGGACGGAUUCUGCAAUCUCGGGGCGCUCACCAAUGUCACGUUUGCGAACCUGAAAUCACUGAAGAUGCUCAACAUCAGCAACUGCCACUUGAACGGUUCCAUCAUCGACCGAGAUGCGUUCAGGUCGUUGUCGAACAUUGAAAUCCUCGACCUGCAUUACAAUGAAAACAUCGGCUUGGAUAACGUGGAGAAGAUAACUUUUGGGUUGAAAGACUCCCACCUCACAUUUUUGGACCUGAGCACGACUGAGUCUCGGUACUCCACGGGGAAGCUCGUGAACGAGAGCCACGUGAGGAAUCUCCCGGCAACACUGGAGGUUCUCAAAGUGGCCGGGAACAGCAUUGAGCAAGUGGAUACUUCUGUUUUUAGUCGCCUCCCACAAAACUUGUGCCAUCUUGACGUGGGUAAAAAUAAACUUGUGUUUGGCCGGUACUUGUGCUAUCUGCCAGAGUUGAAAAAUUUGACAUCUUUGUAUCUGGACGGGGAAGACUUCCUGUACGACAUCCCCACGACAUUUCCCUUCCAAGACGGCUCACCGCUGAGAUAUUCAUCUCACAGACUCAGACGCUUUGCUUCACGAUUCAGUUGCAACGGGACAUCAACGACGUCAUUCUCCCUGCCGGAAAAGCUAACAAAAAUCGAAAUGAACAACGCCGGUCUUGAAUACCGGUUUUCCGCUCUGAACAUCACGCCCCAAAAUUCGAUUGAAAGCUUAAGCUUCGACAGGAAUUAUAUCCCUGAACUAAUUGGACCGUUUAUAGGACUCCUUUCUCUAACCAACUUCAGCAUCUCCUCGAGCUUUGUCAAAUAUAUAAACUCUUCGUUUUUCGCGAAUUUCCCAAUGCUUGAAUUUUUAUUCUUGAACGACAAUUUUCUGGGUGGGUAUUUCCCCGAGCCGAGCGCAGAGAGCCUCUUCCAUGAUCUGAAUAAACUUAAAGUGCUGGAGAUGACCUUCAACGAGAUUGAAACAUUGCCGAAGGACCUUUUCAAAGGACUGACCUCUCUCACUCACUUGGAUCUUUCCAGUAACAGGCUGCGCAAUUUUAACGUCAGCAUUUCGGACAUGAAAAAUCUGACGCUUUUGAACCUGACCUCCAAUAGCGUCCGCCAACUUUCGUCCGAUGUCCGUCGCUCCAUCGACGAUUUGUUGAGAGGGAAGGUACCCAUCCGCGUUGACCUGUCCGACAACCCCAUAGACUGCACGUGCAACAACAUAGAGUUCCUUGAGUGGUUAGCGGCCAAGACGGAAGUUUUCGGAGAGUACGACAACUACAGAUGCUUAAGAGAGGACGGCUCGGUUCUGGUCGUCCGUGACGGUUACUCGAGUGUCCUGCAGGUGCUGCGCAGGGAGUGCUCGUCCAACAGGGUGCUGUUCGUCAUCAUCCUCGCCGCGACCGUUUUGGCCCUCGCGGUCAUCGUCGGUCUGGUCUUCUACAGGUACCGCUGGACGAUCCGGUACUUGUACCACGCGGCGUACCUUAGCUACCAGCAGCGGAAGGGGGCGAGCAGCCCCGGGGAUUACACUUAUGACGUAUUCAUAUCCUAUGCGUUCCCCGAUGAGCGCUUCGUUGUGGAGUCGGUCACGCCAGGUAUUUAUCAAAUCAGUAUUGUAGCCAGAAGAAGGGGGUCACACCAGGUAUUUAUCAAAUCAGUAUUAUAGCCCGGAGAAGGGGGUCACGCAAAGUAUUUAUCAAAUCAAUAUUGUAGCCAGUAAAAGGGGUUCACACCAGGUAAUUAUUUUUUUUUUUGCACUGAGUUCAGAGUCAUUAAAAAACAUAUGUAUGCACAUGGGCGCCCGCAGGGGGGCAAGGGGGCAAGUACUUGCCCCCCCCCCCUGGAUUGAUUGGAUAAAAAUUUUUUAGACAAAAAUAGACAAAAAAUUUAUUAAAGUAAAAAGGAAAUAAAGAGAAAGUAACUAAGCUGAUGUCCUGUCCGUUCGUUCUCAAUACAAAUACGCUGCAGUAAAUUAAAACUACAUUAAAACAUUACUAAAAAAAAAAAAAAAAAAAAAAAAAAAAAAAAAAAAAAAAAAAAACCCUAGAAAGUUUCUGCGGGCGCCCAUGUGUAUGUAUAUUUUAGAGCGCGCUAUAAAGAAUUAAUCAUUCUACCCCUCACCUUUAAAAAAAAAACAACAACCGACCAUUAACUUCAGUAAACCCAUUUUAUUCUUAUACACAUUUAAUUUUUCAACACCUAAUUAUAAAGAUGAAAAUAUCAUUAACUUAAAAACAACAGCCACGCUUAAGAGAAAUAAAAAAAAAAAGAUUUGAAAAAAAAAAUUGUCAUGAAAAUAAAUAAACGAAACUAUCUUCUUGUUUUUUGUGUUGAUAUAGUUUAUUUACAAUUUUUUUUCAAGAGUUGGAAAAACGGGGUCUGAAAGUUCACGUCCACGGGCGUAACUUUGUGGCGGGAAACUUCAUCGCGUCCAACAUCGUGAGUGCCGUCAGUGCCAGCAGGAAGACGCUUGUUAUACUGACCAACAGUCUGCUGAAGAGCCAUUGGUGUAACUAUGAAGUGCAGGUCAGUACUAUAACUAACACCCAUUUUUCUGGUUGAGGGCCUGAGCUUACGCUUUUAAAGUCCCGGCUAGAGCAUUGGCCACCAGCGCCACCUGCUGGGCCGUGCCAUAUAACAUCGUCGUAACGCAGGACUCUCCCGCCGCCCUGGCCUCUCCCCCCCCCCCACCCCUAAACAUCUAGUGCUGGGCAUUCAGUCAACAGAUGAGCUAGAGUUUUCUGGGACCAGACUGCAGUGCCGGCAGGUAUGGUGUGGUCUGUUAGGGGAUAUGUAAGAGAAGAGUAUGUGGGUAAAGGGUUGUAAUGGGAAGGGUGUAUGAAGGUGAAUUGUGAAGAAAGUUGAGCAUGUGGGUAAGCGGUUAUAUGAGAUGGAGAAUGUGGUUAGGUGAACGGUUUACUGGCACAGCAGUGGUUGCGAAUAAAUGUCCACACAGAGGAAUCCUACGAAUAUCCACACCAUCCUUGUUGGCCAUCCAUAUAAUGACGUCACGCAGAGAGAGCGGUGGCUGGCACAAAUUUUAAAGAUUAAAAAAAAAAAUAGUUGUUCUAUUUUUAACUUUAUUGACGAAUUUGUGUGUGUGCUUUUAAAAACGUACGUGCGUGUGUAUGUGCUUUUAUACGUUUUGUCAGGUGAUAAAGUCGUGUAGCCAAAAUGCACAUGACUCAUCGCCCAACAUCUAUAAACUUAGAAUGCACGCCUUUGGUCUUAAGUCGAAGUGCCCAGACCUUACGCAUUCGUCAAAUGACUGAUAUCACGUCUCGUUUCAGAUGGCGAACAUGGAGUCGGUGUACGCCGGCCGUCCGGUGCUGGUGUUCCUUCUCAAGGAGAACAUCCCCUCCCACAAACUCGGCUGUCUGAUCAGCUUCAUUCGUAACAAUACCUACAUGCCCUACCCCCAAGGGGACGAGAUCGCUGAGAGGGAACGCAAUGCCUUCUGGGAUAAACUCGCCAGAGAUUUAAGAUAGAACAACCCCCCCCCCCCAGCUGUCUGAGCAGCUUCAUUCGUAACAAUACCUACAUGCCCUACCCCCAAGGGGACGAGAUCGCUGAGAGGGAACGCAAUGCCUUCUGGGAUAAACUCGCCAGAGAUUUAAGAUAGAACAACCCCCCCCCCCACACACACACACAGUUCGUCCACCAUUUACGUCAUCGUUGUCCUCUACAAAAUCAUCAAAUCUAUUCUCAGUUCUCGGGUAUACUUGCCUGUGUUCAAAUAAACAACAACAAUACAAACAAACAUACAAACAAACAAAAGUACUGUUUAAGACUCGGUUUGAAAGUGGUUUAAAGUUCAUAACGAAUGUCUCAGCUCAGUUUGUGAUGAAACAUGAUGAUUGUUCAACUAACAAGCAUCACUAACAACAGCAUAGAUAACAAACACAUGUUACCAAAAUCUCAACAAUUUUAAUAUGUGAUACCACUUUUAAAUAAAACCCGUGUUUUUUUUUUAUAUAAUAAAAAACAAAUUAGAC